GACGUUUGGUGUGACUUCGGUUUAAAAGUUUUGUGCUCAACCGAGGGGUAUUUUAUCAGGCUUAAAUAAUACGAAUAACCCUAGAAUUAUCAGCUGGAUUUUUUCAGAUUCUUCAAGAGUUAGAUAAACUGGAUCUUUUCUCAUCCCGGAAAUCUUAUCAUCCUACCAUUUGCGUAAUUUUUUACCAUUCACGUGAUGAGCUAGAAACUUCCACGUUGUCAACCGACAGUAUAAAACAAGGAAACUUUCCUUUGGCUGGUUUUUCGACUUCUGAACCAGUUUAUUAUAUGCACAGUUCUGAUCGACAAUUGCCAAGCUGUUGGUGGUUGAUCUUCAAAAAACAUGGCGACCCUAUGUGAACCUCUUCCUUUAGAGAUGGAACGUAGAAUUUCCUCACACAAUCGCGGAAAGGAUGGUGAAAAUGUUUUGGUGGAUUACAGUAAGUUACCAAGAUCCAGUGGGGAUGGAAUGGAAUUUUCAUCAAGCAAUUCUGGCAAUGACAGUCUCUCAGAGGAUAGUGAAGAAAAUGACUUGACACAAAAAGCAAAUAACAGUUUAUCAUAUUCAACUGUGAAAAGGAAAAGUGGAAGAAACGUAAUUGAUAAUGGAUCAGCUAAAAUAACAACUGGUACAACAAUACAAGCAAAUAUCUCAGCAAUAAAAUACAGAAAUGAGAAUGAAAUUCUUGAAAGGGAGGAAAUGCGAACAUUGAGUGGUCACACAGCUUUAGCUGAAUCCCCUCAAUCACAGACAUUGGGAAAAGAUGUUAUCUCCAAAACUGAAGGUGCACAGUUAAAUGAGGAUGUCCGUUUUCAGUCAGUACAAAGACAGAACUCUACCAAUCUUCUACUCCAAGGGCCUGAGCUUCUGCGAUUGAAUAAUGAGUUAGGUUUAUCAUUAAGUGCAAAUGAUCAGCUUGUGUCUUUGGCUCCUCCUGCAAUGGAUCUCAGUCUUGGAGGUGGUCUCUUGAAAUCUACUAUAGUGGAACAAAGGGCUGAGUUUGUGGACAGCCAGAAAGUCAUCAGUGAUCUUCAGGAACAGAAUGCAAAGCUUGUUGAAGAGAAGACAAAACUCUCUGUGCAGCUUGGUGUCCAGACAAAGAUUAAUACAGAAAUUAAGAGGUUGCUGGUGGCAUCAGUGGGAGAAGAUGUUGGUGAAAGGUUGGAAGACCUGGUGAACAGAAAUGUGCAGCAAACUGUAGAGCUCAAUCACUGGAAAAAGAUGUGUGAGGAAUAUUCAGAAGAAUCUGACAGAUUAGAGAUUGAGUGUGAUGUCUGGAGGACAAAGUUCCUGGCAAGCAGAAUGAUGUCUGAUGAACUGUCCAGUUGGAAGGCAACUCUCUACACCAGGUUCAGACAAGCUCAGAGUGCUUUACAAAGAUUACUGGAGGAAAGAGGACAGCUUCAGCAAUACCUCACUCAUACCAAGAGGUUAGUUCAAUCACUUUACUCAAUGUUCAAAAGUACAAGUGGCAUUCAUCAGAGCCCCUUUACUUCAUCUCAAACUUCAAAUGAUCAAAGCAUCUUAGAAAUGGCUGCUGCAAACAAGUCCUUAGCAGAACAGACCCUUAGUCUUGCACAUGAUGUUUUACCAGCCUUCUCAUUAGCAGAAACAUCACUAAUGUUGACACAUAAGUCGCAGGAAACUGGGACUCAGCAACAGGUUGAGCCAACAUCUGCUGAAAAACUGGCUUUUCAGGUUUUAUCUAGUGAUGUCAAUCUCCAGGCAGAGGAACAACAGCUGAAAGGUGUCAUGAAGAGAAUGGCACAACAGUACAUGGGACAUGAUUAUCAAAGUAGAUUUUCAACAAGGAACUUUAGAGUAACCUAUGACUGUUGUGAUCGAUGUAGGGGACCACUUCAUGUUGUUUGAGAACAUUUGUACUUGGUGUUAUUCCA